CACGUCCUGCCCCGAGACAUGUCCUGCUACAACCAGUGCCUGCCGUGCCUGCCAUGCGGACCCUGUGGCCCAACCCCGCUGGCCAACAGCUGCAAUGAGCCCUGUGUCCAGCAGUGCCAGGACUCCACUGUCGUCAUCCAGCCCUCUCCCGUGGUGGUGACCCUGCCCGGCCCCAUCCUCAGCUCCUUCCCGCAGAACACCGCCGUGGGAUCCUCCACCUCUGCUGCUGUUGGCAGCAUCCUCAGCUCUCAGGGAGUGCCCAUCUCCUCUGGGGGCUUUGGCCUCUCCGGCUUGGGCAGCCGCUACUGUGGCAGGAGGUGCUUCCCGUGCUAAAGCUGCUGGUGAUGGCCCGGGAGGAAGACCCCCAGGGACCCAGACGUUGGUAGCGGACUGGGCACAGAGCACAGGCUUCUUGUGUUCAGGGUGGCCAAACCUCUCCAUCACGCCUUGGAAGAGGAUGGCUCUCUCAGAGAGCAUGGCCCAUGUCUGCCUUUCCCCUCUUCCACUCUCUCCUUUCCCACCCGUGUCCUUGUUACUCACUGCAGCUCCACUGUGCUCUGAAUCCCACAACGUCAUCGCUGAGAGGACCUGCUGGCCCUUCUCCCGCAGUGGAGCAGACAGGUGGCCAAAUGGUAGCCUGCCCACCAUGGCCACACAGCUCACACUCUCGUCUGCCCCUGGUGAUUCCUGCACUUAGGCCCCCCCUCGGAGUGACCUCCUUUCCCCCGUUUGACUCUAAUAUUAAA